AAGGAAGCAGUGAGGCAGGCAGAGAGAGAGGAGGAAGCAGGCUCCCCGCUAAGCAGAGAGCCAGAUGCGGGGCUCGAUCCCAGGACCCUGGGAUCAUGACCUGAGCGGAAGGCAGAGACCUGAACUCACUGAGCCACCCAGGAGCCCCUCCGUGUCUUUUCUUAAUUGAACGUUCAGUUUUGAGGUAACUGUAGACCCCCGUGCAGUCGUCGGAAGGACCGCGCCGUGAUCCCCCGUGCUCUUUGCCCAGAUCCCUACCGUGAUACCCUGCAGGCGUCCAGUGCGGGGUCACGUCCAGGACGGCGACCGUGAUGCAGCGCAGUACAGAGCAUCCCACCCCCCACAGGUGUCCCCCCGCUGCCCCUUUACAGCCUCACCCGCCGUCUCCCCCACACCCCGCCAGCCACGACUCUAGGCCCCAUCCAUGUGUCGUGACAUUUCAGGGAGGUUACGUGAAUGGAGUCAGGCAGUAGGUGAUGUUUUGGGACCGGCGUUCUUAGCACCACUCUGGAGAGUUCCCCAGAGCCCAAGCCUAUCAGUGGUUCACUCCUUUUCAUCGCGGAUGAGCCUUCCAGGUGUCGGUCCCUCUGGACCACGGACCGGGGUCACCCGUUGGGGGCCAGCCAUCUGGCCUGUUGUGACUAGAGCUGCUCCAAACAGGUGUGUGGGUUUUCGUGUGGGCGCAAGUGUUCAUUUCUCUGGGGCAGGCGCCCCCGACUGCAGCGGUGGGGUCAUAGGCCACGUGCUUGCAGGUCACAAGAGACACCACCCUGGUCUCCGCUUUGCAAGCCGCCGGCGCGUGCCCGGGGUUUCCUGCGCUACUCGGGCGGAAGCGCGCCGUGUCCCGGUGCCGUGCUGAGCACGUUUCCCUGGCGGAGGAUGACAGUAGCCACCUUUUCCUACGCUGGUCAGUUGUAUAUUCUCUUGGCUGAAAUGUCUUUCGGGUCUUUUGCCCAUUUACUGAUUGUCUGGUUUGUGUUUUACUGUUGGGUUGUGAGAGUUCUCUGCAUGUUCAAGGUUUGGGUGUGUGGUUCGCAAAGAUGCCUCCUGGUCUUCUUGCCCUCCUCACCGGGGCUUUUGUAGAGCAAAAUUUUUGAAUUUUGAUAAAGUCUAAUUAAAUUUCUGUUUCUAGAGGAUUCUUGUGGUGACAAGUCCAAAAACUGCCUACCCUAGAUCCCAAUGAUUUUCUCCUAUAUUUUUCUAAAAAUGUUACUAUCUUAUGUUUGAAGUCUAGGUCCCAUUAGGAGUUAAUUUUGUGUGAGAUGUGACGUCAUGCACAGCUCACUGACCCACCCCCUCGUCCACUUGCCCCAGCACUACUCCUUCACGAGCUGCUUUUACGCGCCCCGCGAAAGCCCGCUGAGCCUAUCUGCAUGGUCUGUUUCUCGGCUUCCGCUGACCUGUGGGUCUGUCCCCCUCACCACCGGCAGCAUCGGGGUGGACUGGGUCCUCCCGGAACUCUUCCUUUUCAGGGUUGAGUCAUCCCUGGGGCCUGCCUGUGAGCUCCAGUCCCCACAGAGAGCGUCUGUCCAGAACGGCCCUCGCCCCAUCGCCCCCCGGCUGCCAGGUCCUGGUCUGGUCCAGGUCCUGGAGAUUUGGUUCCCGAGGCUAUUGGUGUGCUCCCCCGUGACCCCGGCUGUGGCUCGUCGGCUCCGGUCGCUGUGCCAGACAGAUGUGCGGGUCGGCAGCGGCGCUCAGACAUGGGGUUCAGCAGAACGACCUGGGGUGUGGGAGGGCGGCAUGCAAGGACCAUCCCAGAGGGUCUGCUCCGGCAGGUCUGGGAAGGGCCCGAGAAUCUGCAGUCCCGAGAAAUUCUCAGGUGCUGCCGGUGCUGGUGCAGGGGACCACCCUUGCAGAACCCACGGCCUAAGGUGACUUUUCCCAGGAAAUCGCCACAUCUCUCGCUUACGGGCUUUUGGGUUCUUUUCCCUAAAACACUACUUAUAAUCCGUCGUUCUGGGAUUUCUUGCGUGCUGCGAAUGUCCAGAGGACGGGCGUCCCUGUGCAGAGGGACCGUCAGAGCGCUGAAGGGAUUUUGCGAGCCCAGCACAGACGUCAAGCGCCCCCUUCCUUCAGGCCUUACUUGCUGUGUGGGGGUGGCUGUGAUUCCUUUUCCUGGCUUCAGAGAGCCGUUUUAGGGGACGGGUCUUGGGGAUCAGAUGCUACUAAGGAGGGACGUUCGUUCCCGGCACGCGCGUGUCUCAGUAUAUCCACUGCGCGGGCGGUAGAAGGCUAAAUGCCUGUUGUUUCCUGCCCCUCCUGUUUCCCUCUUGUGGCCGCGGCUCAGCGAGUCGGCUGGGUUUCCCAGCUUUGUGCUUGGAGGAGCCACUUCUCUGGGGACGCUCAAGGGGCAGGAGACGGUCAGCUUUGCCUCCCUGGAGGGGUGCGGAACAGAGGCAGCCCCCCGGGGCUCCGUGGGCCCAGCCAGGCUUCUGCAAGUCCUGCCCGAGCCAGUCGCCCUCGUCUGCGCUCGCCCAUUCCAACAGGUUCUGGGGACCCCGUGUCCUUUGGGCAGCUUCUGGAGAGCCUGCCCCUGGGGCGCCCAGAGGCUCAGUCAGCCAAGCAUUCGACUCCUGACUUCGGCUCAGGUCAUGAUCUCAGGGUCCUGGGAUUGAGCCCUACAUCAGGCCCACGCUCAGCGGGGAGUCUGCUUGAGGAUUCCUCUGUCACUGCCCCUCCCCCUAAAAUGAAUCAGUUAAUCUAAAAAAUUUAAAAAAAAAAAAAAAAAAAAGACCUGCUCUCGCCUUUGCAGAACUUCCUCCACUGGGAGCCAGUGCCGGCCAGGGGAGGGUUCCAGUCGCAGGUAGACCUCGGGGCCCGGCAGCCAUGCACUAGUGAGGGUUUCCCCACGUGUGUCUUCUGUCGCUUUGUCCCUCUCCACCUCCUGCUCAGUGACCCGAGGCUGUCCCCAUUCCAGACUGGCUCCUGACCACAGCCGUGGUACCCAUCCUGGCUGACCACAGCCGUGGUACCCAUCCGCCAGGAAGCCCCAUGUGAAACUUGCAAGGGCCACAUGAGAUGCCUUUUAGCUUCAGUGGGUGUUCCAGGAGCAUGCUGCGCUGUGUUUGGGAAAAUAAACAGCCUGGUUAUUGAUCCUGGCACUUUGUUUUGGGUUUUUUUCUUUUAAGAGGGGUCAGGGGAAGGCAGAGGGAGAGAGAGAGAAGGAGAAACUUGGGCUCUGUGCCCGAUGCGGGGCUCCAUCCCAGGAUCCCAAGGUCAUGACCUGAGCCGAUACACACGUAUAAACGUAUAUACCACAUCUUCACCCACCCCUCAGCUGAUGGACACUGGGGUUCUCCCCGUGUCUUGGCUAUCGUAGAUAACACAACUGGACUGCGCGUGUUCUUUUGAAUUUGUGUUUUGUGUUCUUUGGGUCAGUAUCCAGGAGUGGAAUUACUGAAUCGUAUGGUAAUUCUGUAAUUCUGCUUCUAGCUUGAGGACCCUCUGUACUGUGUUCCAGAGCGGCUGCCCCACGCUUGCGUUCCCACCAGCAGGGCGCGAGGCUCCCCCUUCUCCGCAUCCUCGCGGAUGACAUUCUGUCAUUUCUCAAGCUGCUGAUUUCAGCCGUCCUGACAGGUGGCAGGUGACUUGCGGACGAUGAGCGAUGGGGAGCGUCUCCCUGUGCGUCUGUUGGCCGUCUGCGUGUCCUCUUAGAGGAAUGUCUGUUCAGAUCUUCUGCCCGUGGUUUAAUUGGACCAUUUUGGUUUUUUGGGUGUUGAGUCGCAUCCGUUCUUCCGGAUGCUAAGCCUUCAUUGGAAAGGUCAUUUGCGAGUGUCUUCUCCCGCUCCGUAGGUUGCCUUUUGAUCUUGUUGAUUCUCUCGCUUUGCAGAAGCUUUUCAUUUUGGUGUAGGCCCAGUAGUUCAUUUUUGCUUUUAUUUCCUUUGCUUUACGAGACCGUCGCCACGGCCCAUGUCAGAGAAAGUUCUGCCUGGGCUGACUUCCAGAACUUUUAUGAUGUCAGGUCCCCCCAUCUAGGCCUUUCAUCCAUUUUGAGUUUAUUUUUGUGUUUGGUGUAAGAAGGUGGCCCAGUUUCAUUGUCUUGCACGAGAGAACAGUUUCCACAACACUGUCCUCUCCCUCUUGCCUGCUCUCGCCUCCUUUGUUGAAGAUGAGUUGACUGUGCAACUGUGGGCUUCUUUCUCGGUUCUCUGUUCCGAUCCAUGACCUGUGUCUGGUUCUGUGCAGGUCCUGGACUGCUCCGAUCGUGACCGCUCUGUAGUGUAUCUUGCAAUCUGGGAUCACAAUUCCUCCAGUUUUGUUUUUCUUUUUUCUUUCUUUCUUUCUUUUUUUUUUAAGAUUAUCUUUUUAUUUAUUGGACAGACAGAGAUCACAAGUAGGCAGAGAGGCAGGCAGAGAGGGGGGAAAGCAGGCUCCCUGCUGAGCAGAGAGCCCGAUGCGGGACUCGAUCCCAGGACCCUGAGAUCAUGACCUGAGCCAAAGGCAGACACUUUAGCCCACUGAGCCACCCCGGCGCCCCAAGUUUUGUUUUUCAUUUCACUAUUACUUUGACUGUUUGGGGGUUCUGUGGAUCCACACGUUUUAGGAUUGUUUGUUCUAGUUCUGUGAAAAAUGCUGUUGGUACUUUAACAGGGACGGCACUGAAUCUGUAGAUUGCUUUGGGUAGUGUGGACGCUGUACCGAUGUGUGCUCUUCCGCUCCGUGAGCGCGGGGUGCCGUUCCUUCUGUGUUCUCUUCAGUGUUUCCGCGGGGUUUUCUAGUUUUCGGAGUCCCGGUCUUUCAUGUGGGCGAGCAUCUUUAUUUCAUGUUGUAGGUAAAAGAAUCGAGGCCCCGGAAUGACGGUACCCGGAUCAUCCCUCUAGUAGGUGGGGUCCUGCCUCACGAGAUGAACAGAACACAGAAGUGACUGACCCAAUCAGAGUUUUGCGAGGUGUCCGCAAUGGCUGAAGACGGGAGUGAGGAGAUCAUGUUCAUCUGGUGUGAGGACUGCGGUCAGUACCACGACUCCGAGUGUCCCGAGCUGGGCCCCGUGGUCAUGGUCAAGGACUCCUUUGUGUUAAGCAGGGCACGGUCCUCCCUCCCUUCCAACCUGGAGAUCCGGCGGCUGGAAGACGGGGCCGAAGGAGUGUUUGCCGUGACUCAGCUCGUCAAGAGAACACAGUUCGGUCCGUUCGAGUCGAGGAGAGUGGCCAAAUGGGAGAAGGAAUCCGCGUUUCCCCUGAAGGUGUUCCAGAAGGACGGGCACCCCGUGUGCUUCGACACCUCCAACGAGGACGACUGCAACUGGAUGAUGCUGGUGCGGCCGGCGGCGGGGCCCGAGCACCAGAACCUGACGGCCUUCCAGCACGGCAACGACGUCUACUUCACCACGUCGCGGGACAUCCCGCCGGGCGCCGAGCUGCGCGUGUGGUACGCCGCCUUCUACGCCAAGAAGAUGGACAAGCCCAUGCUGAAGCAGGCCUGCCCCGGGGCCCACGCUGCAGGUACCCCGGAGAGCAGCGCCGCGGUGGAGUCCGAGCCCAGCCAGUGGGUGUGCAAAGUGUGUUCCGCCAGCUUCCUGGAGCUGCAGCUGCUGAACGAACACCUGUUGGGUCACUUGGAACAAGCCAAGAGCCUGCCCCCGGCCAGCCAGCACGAAGCCGCGCCCGAGAAGGAACCAGAUGUGCCCCGGGGGGAGCCUCCUGCGGUUCCCAAGAGUGUCAGUGCCACCAAAGAGCAGAAGAAAAAGCCUCGAAGGGGAAGAAAACCCAAAGCAUCAAAACCUGAGCAGCCUCUAGACAUCAUAGAAGGCAAGGAGCCGCCAGAGCCAGUGGCCGAGAUCGUUACCGAGGUCCCGCCGGACGAGCCCGUGGCCGCAGCACCAGACGACCGCAUCAUGGAGCUGGUCCUGGGGAAGCUGGCCGCCAGCCCCGGCGACACCAGCUCUGUGCCCAAGUUCCUCGUACGAGGACAGCUGCCUGGUGUCUGUACUUUUGCGACUGACUCUCUCACUCAGCUGUCAGACUGGCCCCCCGGGAAGGCCGGACGUUAUUGCGUCACAGAGACGUUCCCGCACCAUCAGAGCACCACCAUCACCCUCAAGAGGAGCCUGAUUCUGUCGAGCCGGCACGGCAUCCGGAGGAAGCUCGUCAGGCAGCUGGGCGAGCACAGGCGGGUCUACCAGUGCAGCAUCUGCAGCAAGGUCUUCCAGAACAGCAGCAACCUGAGCAGGCACGUGCGCUCGCAUGGCGACAAGCUGUUUAAAUGUGAGGAAUGUGCCAAGCUGUUCAGCCGCAAGGAGAGCCUGAAGCAGCACGUCUCCUACAAGCACAGCAGGAACGAGGUGGACGGCGAGUACAGGUACCGGUGCGGCACCUGUGAGAAGACCUUCCGCAUCGAGAGCGCGCUGGAGUUCCACAACUGCAGGACAGAUGACAAGACGUUCCAGUGCGAGAUGUGUUUCAGAUUCUUCUCCACCAACAGCAACCUCUCCAAGCACAAGAAGAAGCACGGGGACAAGAAGUUCGCCUGCGAGGUCUGCAGCAAAAUGUUCUACCGCAAGGACGUCAUGCUGGACCACCAGAGGAGGCACCUGGAAGGCGUGCGGCGGGUGAAGCGGGAAGACCUGGACGCCGGUGGCGAGAACCUGGUCCGCUACAAGAAGGAGCCCUCGGGAUGCCCCGUGUGCGGCAAGGUGUUCUCCUGCAGAAGCAACAUGAACAAGCACCUGCUGACCCACGGCGACAAGAAGUACACCUGCGAGAUCUGCGGCCGCAAGUUCUUCCGCGUGGACGUGCUCAGGGACCACAUCCAUGUCCACUUCAAGGACAUCGCGCUGAUGGACGACCACCAGCGGGAGGAGUUUAUCGGCAAGAUCGGCAUCUCCUCGGAAGAGAAUGAGGACAACUCAGACACGAGCGCGGACUCGGAGCCUCACAAGUACAGCUGCAAGCGGUGCCAGCUGACCUUCGGCCGGGGGAAGGAGUACCUGAAGCACAUCAUGGAGGUCCACAAGGAGAAGGGCUACGGCUGCAGCAUCUGCAACCGCCGCUUCGCCCUCAAGGCCACGUACCACGCGCACAUGGUCAUCCACCGCGAGAACCUGCCGGACCCCAACGUGCAGAAGUACAUCCACCCGUGUGAGAUCUGCGGGCGCAUCUUCAACAGUAUCGGGAAUCUGGAGCGGCACAAACUCAUCCACACGGGUGUCAAGAGCCACGCGUGCGAGCAGUGCGGGAAGUCCUUCGCGCGGAAGGACAUGCUGAAGGAGCACAUGCGCGUGCACGACAACAUCCGGGAGUACCUGUGUGCCGAGUGCGGGAAAGGCAUGAAGACCAAACACGCGCUGCGUCACCACAUGAAGCUGCACAAAGGCAUCAAGGAGUACGAGUGCAAGGAGUGCCACCGCAAGUUCGCGCAGAAGGUCAACAUGCUGAAGCACUACAAGCGGCACACGGGGAUUAAAGAUUUCAUGUGUGAGCUGUGCGGGAAGACCUUCAGCGAGAGGAACACAAUGGAGACCCACAAGCUCAUCCACACAGUGGGCAAGCAGUGGACGUGCUCCGUGUGCGACAAGAAGUACGUCACCGAGUAUAUGCUGCAGAAGCAUGUGCAGCUCACGCACGACAAAGUGGAGGCGCAGAGCUGCCAGCUGUGCGGGACCAAGGUGUCCACCAGGGCCUCCAUGAGCAGACACAUCCGGCGCAAACACCCGGAGGUCCUGGCCGUGAGGAUCGACGACCUGGACCACCUCCCGGAGACCACCACCAUCGAUGCCUCUUCCAUUGGCAUCGUCCAGCCUGAACUGAGUCUGGAGCAGGAGGAGCUGGCCGAGGGGAAGCAUGGGAAAGCCGCCAGGAGAGCCCACAAGAGGAAGCAGAAGCUGGAGGCAGAGGCGGCGGGCGCCCCGGGGCCAGAGGAGGCCACCUUCAGCGAGUACACGGAGAAGGAGCCUGUGCUGUCGGGCGUGGGGGACGAAACGGACUCCGCGGUACAGAGUAUCCAGCAGGUGGUCGUGACCCUGGGGGAUCCGAAUGUGACCACCCCGUCGAGCUCAGUGGGCCUGACCAACAUCACCGUGACCCCCAUCACCACUGCCGCCGGGACUCAGUUCACCAGCCUCCAGCCCGUAGCCGUCGGGCACCUGACCACCCCGGAGCGCCAGCUGCAGCUGGACAACUCGAUCCUGACCGUGACCUUUGACACCGUCAGUGGCUCCGCCAUGCUGCACAACCGGCAGAACGACAUCCAGAUCCACCCCCAGCCCGAGGCCACGAACCCGCAGUCGGUGGCGCACUUCAUCAAUCUGACCACGCUGGUCAACUCCAUCACGCCCCUGGGCAGCCAGCUCGGUGACCAGCACCCGCUGACGUGGCGGGCAGUGCCGCAGACGGACGUGCUGCCGCCCCCCCAGCCGCAGGCGCCCCCCCCACAGGCGCCGCCGCCGCAGGUGCCGGCCGAGCCCCAGCCGCAGAUGUACAGCUACUGAGCCGCGCGGCCGAGAGCGCAGACGGAGACCCACACUCGGGUGUCCUUUCUCAUUUUGAGAUUCAUUUGCUGGAUACCAAACCGAGGGGGAAAAAAGUUAUUAUCACAACGUCCAUAACGUUGACUUAGCUUUGCAGCAUUCUCUCCAGACCCCCUCCCAGCAUCGCGGUCUGGGGGCGCGCCUCGAGUGCCCCGGGCAGGUGGCCACGUGCUCGGUGUCUGGCAGAGCUCGGUGUGGGGACACAUGGGGUCCGGGGGAGGGGGCAGGUGGGAGCAGACAGGUGAGCGAAGUGUCAGGAGGGUCCCAGGGGCCCACCUGCCUCCUUCAGGGAGGGGUUCCCACCUGGGGGCUUGGGGCGGAGUCCCGCAGGACCGGGGUGGAGAGGAAGCUCCCACUUCUCGCUUCUGGGUGUUUUUGAUGAAUGAGCAGUUAGACGUUAAAGUGACGUUUAUUCUCUUUGAAAUUGGAGUCGAGUUGAAUUUGUGACCCACCUCCAGGCUGAAGGCGCCCCGUGGCCUCCACUGACGCUCUGGGCGCAGUUGGCCUGGGCUGGGGGUUCCCAGACAUCGCUGACUCGGGCCUCAGAGGCCUCUUUGUAACAUAAUGUGGAUCGAUUUUUCAUUUCUUUUUUUUUUUUUACUGUAUGUUGAGCCUAUGUUACGUAUUCAGGACUGUCCCAGCCACAUUGUUUUCGAUCUUGAACGCGCUCGAAUCAUUUGCACUGUAGGAGCAUCGGUCUGCAUGCAGCUCUGCGCACUGCCCGGGCGUGAGGGACACGCCACCAUGGGCGACACGGCCGCUGCACGCGUCCCUCCCGGGGCUCCUGCACGGCUGCCCGGGGACCCUUGGCCAAAUAUAUUUAUCACGGUGAGGCUCAGCCGAUCCCAGCGAAAGACAUGGAAGAAACCGUGCGUUCUUUCUGCUUGAACCGAAUUCCAAAGACUGAUGUGUUUCAAGACCAAUGUUCUAGAAAAAUGUCGAGCAAGCAUGGCUCUCCCAGCGGCAAAGCACACGUGUCUCCGAAAUCCAGAGGGGCUGCCUUCUCCUGCCAGGCGGCGACACAAGCAGAAGAGGUUCGCUCACAAGCAGAAGCGUGAAUGGCCUUCGUGAACGAACGUGCCAAGUUACAGCUGCACCGCGUCCCUGGGAUACGCACUUCCACGCGCGGGCGCACCCGUCAGCGGCCCAGGGCUUGGCCCGUGCCAUCAGCGGCUCAGCCAGGGACACAGCGGCACGGCGUUCAGGCUCCUGAUCCCCGUAACGCUGUCCGAACCACAUCCUAACGUGCCCUUAUACUGGCCUUGCUCCCUCAUUACCGUGCGUCCUGUCUUCUUGGGACACCCACGCGGAAGGACGAGCAAGGCGUCCGUAGUGAAUACGCCCGAGGAAUCUUGUGCCGUCGCUGAGGCCGAGGACGAUUCGUUCUGCAAAAUCCAAGUUCCCAGCACUUCACCUGGUUCCCAGUAGCAGGAGUCUGAGGACAGGGCUAGGAUUUGUUUCGUGCAAUGCUCGCCUCCAGAACCGCGGGGAGGCCCACGCCCGCCGUACGCAAGCGUGUCUCCGGACACGGCUCCGUGACACUCCGGUCGCCUGCCUGGCGGUUGAAUUCACAGUGGGAGAUUAUUUGAUUUUUUAAUUUAUGAUAAUUAUUUUUAUGUUAUUUAUGUAUAUAAUUAACUGCUUUCUACACAAAAGUUCCAUCAAAUGAACUUGGGCUGGGAGUGAUAUAUUUUCUAAAAUACCAUCUUUGUUCUCCAAAUAUAAGGGGGCUGGGUACCCACGGGAUCAAGAAUACCAAGAUUCCUAACAUAUUUAAAAAAAAAAAAUCACUGACAAUUUUUUUUUUUUUUGCUCUCACAGCAUAGAAAGGGUGGAUGACUAAAAAUACGAACACGAUUAACCCUCUGUUCGCCUUUAUCUCCUACUCCUCUUCCCGGUGUAAUAAAGGCCUUUUAAAUUACAGUUUUAUUUUUUUAAAGACUUUGUUUGUGUGCCUGGAGUAAGGGGGCCUCCGAUGUUUCUAAAGCACCUCGUGUCGGCUGCGCAGCCCGGCUGGCCUCCUGCUUCCUUCACACCCACGCCUGUGGAAAGACCCUCCGUGUAACCCUCAGUUAGAACUCUGAAUAAAAAUCUGAUUCACUCCUGAGUUUCCUGUAGACACACUUGGUCUUAAUAGGGUCACUAUCGGGUGCAGAAUGGGUCUGUGGGGUCUUAAAACCGAUGCUGAGAAUUUGCAUACGAGCGACGGAGUGAAGGAAAAAGUGCCGCCCAGCCAGAGUCCUUGACCGGAGAUGCUUCUGCGCCAAGGUCACCCUGGACUGAUGGGACGCGCUGAGACUGGCAGCCGAUCCCGGGUGCAGCCGAUCCCAGCUGUGUCCGUGGGAGCCACCGCGGGCCCCAUCGCAGCCCCCGGGCUCUGUGCGUUUGGGCUGCUUACUCUAAGUUAAGGCACCACGGGAGCUUACCUGUGGCCUGUGCAUCUGUAAAGUCGGGCCGCUCUGUGCCGCAGUCAUGGUAAGACUCUCCCAGAGCUGGUGUGCCGAGGAGGGGGCUGGGCGUCCGGAGCGAUGCCGGAGGGGGACACGUCGCCUGUGCCGGCCGCCACCUCACCAUACCCAGCGGGAAAUCCCGGGUGUGGGGGACAGAGUCACGGACCUCACCUGUUCUUUCCAGCCACGGCGUCCACAGGCGUGGCACUUAGGGCUCCUCCGCUCAAGACGUCCCUUCGCAUUUGUGAAAGGCACUGAGACUGUUUCAAGAAGUUGUGUGUAUUUCGUGUCCCGUCAGUUUGCAGAAUGACAAAUAAAAGUGCGGUGACCUGUGUUUUUCAA